CUCGUGGAUAACGUCCAUCAGCGGUUCGUCGAGUGGGAGAGAGAGUAAAACGACAGAUAUUUUUCGCUACGAGAAAUAGGACAGAUUUCAAAGCUACGUUUCCAAAACGAAGCUGCUGAAUGAUUCCUCUGAAAUUUUGGAUUUUCGAUCGCCGAUUCUGUAAUUCUCGCCGUCUCUAGGGUUUUGAUUAUUAUUAUUAUUAUUAUUUUCUGCCGAAUUCGCUUCGAGGAGCUGUAGAUGGGAGAUCUGUGCUGAAAGUUGGUGUUUGGAGCUGCUAGAGUUUCGGAAUCCUGGUUUUUUUUUUUUUCUGGUGAAGAUCACUUGGAGGAGUUGCUGUGUUGGAAUUCAUCUGGUUUUGGUUUUUGAUCUCAGCUCCUGGCGCCUUUCAACUUUGAUUUCUGAUUUCUCCGGUGAAAGUAGACUGGAGCUCUUGCGGGUGGGAGAUCUGGGCUGAAAUUCUCUCGGUUUAGUUUUUUAAUCGCCGAUUGUGUUGGUUUUCUGUGUUUCAAGCUUGCUUGGGCUUCAAAAACCCAGAGAGAUAUGAUAUCAGGGUUUCAAAAUUCCAGCUCCCGGGAGUUUUGAUUUCUGGAAAAGGAAAGUUAUGUGGCAAAAUGUGGACCAGAGUACUGUACUUGUUUAGUAGCUCUCAAUAAGAUUCUGGUGCUUGUUGGGUUUUACAGUUUCUUGUCGCUGCUUCGAUGUAAAGUGACUUCUCCACACCAGAUCUCAUGUCUAUAGAAGUUGCAGAAAGUCAGUCUUGUCCAGGUUACGUUGACGGGCCUCCCUGGUUGUUCAAAGGCAGUGCACUGUACCAGCUCCAUCUUGUGAAGGCAGAUAUCGCUCGGUCUUUUAUCCCAAAGGAUCUUAGAUUAGUUGAAGCUUUUGGAUAUACUCUUGGUGGCUUUUUCCUUGCUCGCUAUGAUGAUAGCCCGGCUGGAAUGUUUGAUGAGCUUGUGGUGAUUGCUGGCAUUGUAUGGAAUCCUCCAACUUCAUGCGCAUGGGCUGCUAGGGUACUUGUGAACAGUCACAAGGCUUGCAGACAUGGAAGGAAGCAUGUAGGUCUUCCCAGUCAUGUUGCCAGAUUUUCCAAGUCUUGUUCAAAGCAGAGAGUUAUGGCUACUUCAGAGAAUCCAAAAAGUAAAUGGAAUGGUUUCCUAAACAUGAUUGGUAUCAGUUCUACUUGUAGUAGUCCAAAGGGUUGUAUGGACAUUCAAGUAACUGAGAUCACAGGUUCCUCUGCAACAGCCUUGUGUGAUAUCAACCUUCCUACUGAUGCACUGGAAUCAAAAUCAGAUAAAAAAUGGUUGGGGCCUGCAAUCAGAAUGUCACUUCCGAGCUUUAGCGGCCGUACUGUCCAUAAUCCUCACCUCCUCAAGUAUUCUUGCCAGAUCGAGUGCAGGGUGCGAGCAGUGGAGCCCGCAAAAAUAUCAGGACCAACUACCGCAUUGCAAUCUGAUGAAGGUAGAUCAUUCGAUGAGCCGAGUUUCAACUCCAAUGAUGACUUGAGAGAUGUGUUUGCUGAAAAUGAUUCACUGAAUCGGAGUAUAUCUGUUUUGCUAUCGAAACCAAUCUUCGCGUUGGAGUUCAAUUCCCUGAAAAUGCAGGUUGAUGCUCCCACCAUAGUCUCACAGAGAUCCGAUAAUGUAGUCUCGGAUUCCUGAAUUCCUCUCUUGUGUGCAUUUCUGUCAUGUCAUUGUAUAUUAGUGGGAUUAGUUUUUCAUGUUUAAGGCAAUGCAUUGACUUUCUGGCA